AUGCAUACGUGUACGAGACAGCAGAAAUCGUCGCAUAAGAAAGUACACGAUGCGGCAAAUAUUCGAGCACAUGGUAGUGUAGUACCACGUAUCAGCGUUCGCGAUUAUUUUUAUGGUGACCAUAAACAGGAAAGAGAUUUAUUUUUGCGAGCAUUCAGUGCAUUCGAGAAUAACUCGGACACUAAUGAUCCUUGGUCAUAUUUUGCCAUUGCUGGUAUUCAUGGAUUACCUAUUCGUCGUUAUGAUCCUACUGACGCUUCGCCCGAUGAACGUGCCUGGGGUUAUUGUGAACAUGAAGCUAAAGACAAAUGUCGUGAUGUAGCUGAAUCGCUACGUGUACCAUAUUUCGAUUGGGAAAGUAAGGAAACAAAUGGUGAAGUGCCAGAUGUCUUUACUGAAGAAAAAAUUAAAGUCAAAUAUCCAUAUAAAACAGAACAGUCGAUUGAUAAUCCAUUAUUUUCAUACGUAUUACCUAUUGACUUGAAGAAAAAUAGCGACGUGUCUAAUCCCACGAAUGACGAUAAUUGA